AACGGCACCCAAAUCCACGGCAAGGAGACAUGCUAUAAAUAGACAGCAAUCAGUAGACAGAGCCGCGCCCCCUCUUUGUUUACUGUUGGCUGCAAACAAAGUGAGAAAUAUCUUUUGGUCUGAAAGUAAAAGUUGUCGGUGUGUUGACUCGAUGGAGAACGGUAGUGCAGUGGUGAUGAAGAAGCAAGUGCUUCUGUAUUACUGUGUUGAAAUGGAGCAACUUGCUCGCAAGAUUGCUUCUGAUUCUGACUGCAUUCAUCUCCAUUCCAUUAACUGGAGGAGUUUCGAUGAUGGUUUUCCAAAUCUCUUCAUAAACAACGCACAGAAUAUCCGUGGGCAGCAUGUUGCUUUUCUGGCAUCUUUCAGCUCACCAGCAGUCAUCUUUGAACAACUUUCUGUGAUAUUUGCUCUUCCAAGGCUAUUUGUCGCGUCUUUUACACUUGUAUUGCCGUUCUUUCCAACGGGAUCCUUUGAACGGAUGGAAGAGGAAGGAGAUGUGGCUACUGCAUUCACCAUGGCUAGGAUAAUAUCAAACAUUCCAAUCUCAAGAGGUGGUCCAACCAGUGUAGUCAUCUAUGACAUCCAUGCAUUGCAGGAGAGGUUUUAUUUUGGAGACCACGUUCUGCCUCUGUUUGAGACUGGAAUCCCGCUGUUGAAGCAACGGCUUCAGCAACUUCCAGAGUCUGAGAAGAUAGUAAUAGCUUUUCCUGAUGAUGGAGCUUGGAAGCGGUUCUACAAGCAAUUGGGUCAUUACCCUGCUGUAAUUUGCAAUAAAGUCCGGGAGGGUGAUAAGAGAAUUGUCAGGCUUAAAGAGGGUAAUCCUGCCGGCUGUCAUGUGGUCAUUGUUGAUGACUUGGUCCAAUCUGGAGGUACCCUAAUUGAAUGCCAGAAAGUUUUAGCAGCUCAUGGUGCAGCAAAGGUUAGUGCAUAUGUGACCCACGGAGUUUUUCCAAAGCGGUCAUGGGAGCGUUUUAUGCACAAGAACGAUGGUUCAGAGAAAGCAUUCACAUACUUUUGGAUCACAGAUUCAUGUCCCCUCACGGUGAAAGCCAUAGCUAAUAAAGCUCCUUUCGAAGUCAUAAGUUUGGCAGGAUCAAUAGCUGAUGCACUUCAAACCUGAGAACACUAUUUGCUACCUAUGUCAGUUGUAGUAAGAAGGAAAUAUGAUAAUCUUUAUUAUUGUUGGAGUAAUUGUGCAAGGAUCGUAAUUGGUUUAAGCUGGAACAUUACCCUUGUAAGAGAAACUUCUAAUAUGAUGAAUCCCAUUGCAAUAACAUUUUCAGUUCACUAUGUCAA